GCAGAAUUUGAACAGAGUCGCAGACGGCAAACGACGCUUGGACACAGAUAACAAUCUUUCAUUUGUUGUAUUGUGUUAAAAGAGACGUAUUUAGUUAAGGCAACACGGGUAAAAUUUUCGGUGGAACGUAACCAUGAGGAGGAGUGAAGUCCAUGCUGCAGAAUCUGUAGCAUGUCUGAAUCAAGCUCUGAACAGGUUGAAGGACAUCUGGGAAGAAAUAGGCAUUCCAGAGGACCAGCGACUACAGAGGACUGAUGUAGUCAAGAAACAUAUCAAAGGCUUGCUGGACAUGAUGAUCACUGAGGAGGACAGUUUAAGGAAGAGAUUGAUGAGCAGCAUAGAGUCCUGUCGCAAAGAGCUGGACGUUCUGUGCACUGAGCUUCAACUAUCCCCCUUUGAGGAGGACGAGGGGAGGACGAUGCUGCAGCUGGAGAAGGACAUUCGGUCACGGCUGGAGGUGAUGAUGAAACAGAAGAGUCAGAGAGUUAAGGAGCUGAAGACUCUGUACAAGCAGGACCGGGAGCUGUGUGACAUCAUGUGUUCAGUUCCCUUCUGUAUCGACAUGGACACUGUCCCUUCCCUGGAACAGCUGGACCGCUACCACUCCUACCUGAACGAUCUUACUAAAGAGAAGGAUCGUCGCCACGGUGAGUUUGUGGGUAUCAAGCGUCAGAUCAUUGUGUGUAUGGAGGAGCUGGACCAGUUGCCAGACACCAGCUUUGAGAGGGACGUGGUGUGUGAGGACGACGAGGCCUUCUGUCUGUCCAGCGACAACAUCGCAGCUCUCCAACUGCUGCUGGGACAGCUGGAGGAUCGCAAGACGGAGAACGAGCUAGUGUGUAGCUCCUACCGCACUAAGAUCCAGGAGCUGUGGGAGAGGCUGCAGGUGCCCCAGGAGGAGAGAGAUGGCAUGUCAGAACACAUGGUCAAGUCCAGGAAGAAGAACAUGGAUGCUUUACAAGCUGAGUGCCAUCGUCUGGAGCAGCUGAAGAUCAAGAACAUGAGGAAUGAGAUAGAAGACAUCAGGGCUGAGGUGGCUCUGUUCUGGGAGAGGUGUUACUACAGCCUGGAGCAGAGACAAGCCUUCACGCCCUACUAUGGUGAUGACUACACCGAGGAGAUGCUGAACCUACACCAGGAGGAGCUCCUGAGUCUGAAGAAGCACUACGAGAACCACAGGGAGCUGUUUGAAGGAGUAACCAGGUGGCAAGAAAGCUGGACUCUGUUCCUACAACUGGAGAGAAAGGCGACGGAUCCUUCUAGAUUUAACAACCGAGGAGGGAACCUUCUUAAAGAGGAGAAGCAGAGGGCUGACCUGCAGAAAAGCCUGCCAAAGUUGGAGAAGAGCCUGAAGACCCAGAUAGACCUAUGGGAGGAGGAGCAGUACAGAGAGUUCCUGGUUAACGGACAGCGGUUCCUCCAGUACGUUGAGGAGCAGUGGGAACUACUGCGGCUGGAGAAGGAGAGAGAGAAGAAUGAGAGACAACUGAAGAAGAACCAGCAGAUCGAACAAGACAUGCUAUAUGGUACUGCUCAACGAACCCCCUCCAAAAGACGCCUUGCAGAGACGCCUACGCCCGGCAAAGCAAGAAAGCUGAAUGCCACUAGCAGUAUCUCCAGUUCUACUCCUAACAGCACCUUACGCUCUGCCUUCGGAGGAACCAUGUGCCAGUCGCCAGUCCUCAGACCACCUAUGUCUGCCAGCAGGGUUCGUACAAACACAGUCCCCGGUCCUGCCAGCAUGAUUCCUCUGAGGACCCCUGGUCGUGUUGGAAGAACCCCCCGCACAGUGGAACGCAACAAGGAGAACAUGUCCCGUCUGAACGGCACGGUUCUGAGCGGUGUGUUAAGAACCCCUGCCUCACGCUGUAACAUCACCGUUAACUCUGUGGCCAGCACCUAUUCGGAAUUUUCGAAGGAUUUUGUCAACAUUGAAUCCACUGCCAUUACCAGCGAGAUCUCUCAAAAGCUUCCAAAUCUAACGUCAAGACAGGACAUCUGAACUCGACUGGCACUCGUCUCUGAGCUGAAGGAUCAGACGGAACCACACCUGUCCUUGAAUCAUUGGAGUUUCACGGUUUCUGUCCGGGUCCAUUUAUUUCUGCAUGUCCAGAUGAAGGAAAUCUUAACACCUACUGAAUGUAACUGCAAUGAUAUCAGAACAGAAACUUGCACUUCUCUCUGAGUCUCUCAGCUCAAAUGUUCUUCUAGCUCUGCUGAGGUUUCACUUGUUGUCAUCUCUGAGGGCUCUGAACUACUGCUGUGAUCCUGACUCCUCCAUCUCUCUGAGGGCUCUGAAUUACUGCCGAAAUCCUGAAUCCUCCAUCUCUCUGAGGGCUCUGAGCUACUGCCGUGAUCCUCCAUCUCUCUGAGGGCUCUGAACUACUGCCGUGAUCCUGACUCCUCCAUCUCUCUGAGGGCUCUGAAUUACUGCCGUGAUCAUGACUCCAUCUCUCUGAGGGCUCUGAAUUACUGCCGUGAUCCUCCAUCUCUCUGAGGGCUCUGAACUGGACUUUCUGGUCUUCCAGUUUUAUCACUGUUUAUUGUCUGUGUCCCAUUUCUACAUGGAGAUGUCAACACCUACUGAAUAUACUGAACUCUAAAAUACUCUACUCAUUUGUCAGAAGAUUUGAAUUAUAUUCUUCUCGAUUUUUAAGCUUCUCUGAUCUAUGAGCUGAAUGAAAUGUUGGGAGGACUUGCUAGACCUAUGGAAAAACAGUUUUCAUUAAACUUUUAACAUCCUCUCUAUAACACUCAAAUGAUAAAUUAUCCAUGUUGGUACUAGAGUACAUUUUUGUACUUCAUAUUCUUAUGGGGGCUUGUAGCAAAUUAUGAUCAUUCUGCCAUAUAAACAUUGGCUUUACACUACAGUUAAACAAUGAUAUUUUCAGUCACCUUUUCCAUUUUUGGGGGGGAGGGUACCGAUACAUAGUCAAAAAGCAAAGGCAUACUCCUUGACUGUUGGUGAUUUGCAAACCGUAAUUAAAUGUUUCCAAAUGA